AUGUCUACAAUACCAACGACCCCAGGAUAUAACAAAGAAAACAAAUUCGUGACAGACAUCAAGAAAUUUAUGAACCAAAAGAUUCGCGUCAAGUUCGAUGGCGGAAGAGAAGUUGUUGGUAAUUUAAUUGGUCAUGAUUCAAUUUUCAACUUAGUGCUUGACAAAACUGAGGAAUUUAUAAGAGAUCCCAAUGACAGUUUUGUUAUAACCGAUAAAACAAGAAAUAUAGGCUUAGUUGUAGCGAGAGGAACAUCGAUUGCCUUAAUAACACCAGUGGAGGGGACACAAGAAAUAGCGAAUCCCUUUAUAUCAGAAGAGAAGUGA